AUGGAAAGUGGAACUGAUAAAGUGACAAACAAAAGAGAGAGGAUGCUGUUCGAGUGGAUCAUUAAACCUGUGCAGACAGCAAGAGGAGUUUGUGUGGAGGGAAGACAAAGUGAAUCAGCGAAUGAAGAAUUUUGGAAAAGUUCUCUCAUAAAGGAAAGAGUAAAUAAAACUACAGUUAAAACAGCAUCAGGCACUGUGUAUAAGCUAAUUGGUGAUAUAGACAAGGUGUAUGCCUUAGAUGAAGGUUUCCCCAAAAAGCUUGUUAAUGCCUUCUGUUACGGUUUUCCUAAGAACUGGGAACAGUUGAUAGCUGAUCACUUUGAUAAAACUGAAAUACUUGAAGACUCUAAUGAAGAUAGUCAAGAAGAAAUAACAGUACACAAGAAGCCUGAUUCAAAGAAAACCAAACCAAAGACCAUUAAUUUGAAAGACAGUAAGCAGAAGUUCACAUCGCCUGUGAAUCUCAGAGAAAGACAGAAUGUGGCAAAUUCUGAUACACUUGUAUGUACCCCAGUUGGUCAAUUUGUGGAUCUGAAAAAUCUUCAGAAGACAAGGAGUGGCCGUAUGGUCAAGCCACCGUUAUUUUGGUGGAUGGGCCAACAGAUUGUAACCGACAGCAACAAAAUUGAGUUGUCUACUGCCACAUCCCACGCCAAAGAUCACAUACAGGGUAUAGCUCAUAUCUAUAGCGGUAGUAAUACUAAGGGAAAGAAGAGGUAUAGUCUCAACAGGUCAUACAAUACCAAGAAAAUACAAUUAAACAAGUCGAUGAAUAAGACUGUCGGGAAUGUUCUAGAGAUGGAAAACUCAUAUAGGAAGGUUGCAUGGACAUCCAGGAAAAACAACAGGUUGAGCAGUAAUUCAGAGAAAGAGAAAUCUUGUCAAAAUGGAAAAACUGACAAACGAAAAAAGGGAAAGCAGGAUGAAAACAUUGACCCAGUAAAACCGAUUGAAAAGGCGCUACAGAAACGUAAAAAUAACCGAUUGAAACGUAAACCUAGAAAGGGUAAGUGUUAUGAUAAUAGUGAUUCUACGUCAAAGAAAGAAGAAUCCCAAAUCAGUGAUGUAUAUGCCAUCAGUAGUGGUGAGGAACAGACUGCAAGAGGCAGACAAACCACAACUAAACGUAAACAAAGAUAUACCAAAAAGAUAACAGGUGGAAAACAGUCUUCAAAUGAUGAGCAGAGUCAGUUAGAAAUGAGUAAUGAUGAAAAGGAAAGGAAAACAAAACGUAAUAGUAAGCAAUGUGAUAAAGGAAAACAGAGUGAAGCAGUUUCUGGGGUCAGUCAAGAGAGUGAAGAUUCAGACUUUCGAGUGACCAGGUCAAGGGUUUCUGUGGGAGGUUCUGGAACUGUACAACCAACUCUCUCAUAUAAGAAUAACACUAAAGUCACACGACGUUCAAGGUCACGAUCACAAGACUCAGAUUCAACAAGAUCACAAUCAAAACAAAGUGAGCUUUCAGGAAGGAGGAUGCCAAAGAGGACUCAAAACCACUCUGACUUGAACAGUAAUAAACUUUCAAAAUCACAAAGGAAAUUAAGGACUUCAGCAAAGAAAACACCUACGACUAUUUUGGACUAUUCAUCCUCAGAGGAAUAUGCUUCAAACAGACAGAAAAAUAAAUCAAGAAAAAGGGCAACAUCAAAGUCUAACAAGUCGCGUGAAACAGAAGAUUCUGAUAGUGAUGGUUUCAGUCAAAAGACAGGAACUGUUGUUAAAAAUAGAACAGUUUCUCGCUUAAAGGACAAAGAGGACAAAGACCGUACAAAAGCUGUUAGUGUAUGGUCUUCACAAGAGGUGAAACGUCUGAAUCAAGCUGUCUCCAGUAUACCAGCAGAUCACCCAGAUUUCUGGCACUUGGUGCAACAGAAAGUGAUGACAAAAACUGAAGAAGAAUGUCAGAAACACCACUCGAAAGGCAGUUCUGUGAGAAAUCCGAAAAAAAGAAGUGACGAAAAAUCUGAAAAUCAUGGAGCCAGUGACAAGGUUAGGUUGACAGCGAGACAAGGCACUAUGAAACGGAAACAGCAGCUGAGGAGUCUGAUGGAGCAGCAUAACGAGGGUCACGAGGAUGACUUGUGUGAUGGUACGCCGUUCAGGAACCGCAUCAAGAGCAAGGUGCCGAGGAUGGGGAAAGACAAUGAGGAUGAAAAUGAAGAGGACCUCUUUAAUGAAGUGAAGAUGAAAAAUCCUAACAUUGGCAAUCAAUGCCACACACCUGUAGCACAUUUUCAUAUUGAACCUGUAUCCCAAAAGAAAACUCCAUUCAACCUGCUCAUCAGCCCAAAUGAGCCUGUUAACAGGUGA